GUGAAGAAACCCAGCAAUGAAGACCUCCCCGAGGGCAUCAAUCCGAAAAUCUGGCGCCGUGUCUUUAUCUCAACAUACAUCCAAUAUGUCGCCACAUUGGCCAAUCCCUGGGAGGUUCCCACCAAGCUGGCGUGUGAGAAGAUGCAGGUGAUUUGGGAUGCGGUCUUUCCCGACAUCACCCACACAGUGUCAAGCCUUAGUUCAGUCUACUACAUUGUAAGUGCGCUCAAUUUCAUCAACGGCGGUACUAAUUUAGAUAAAUUCCGGCGCCUUUAUCAAGGUGCAUUUAUUGUGCAAACCUUUGGUGCACACUUCACCGCAACCCGUGGCGCUCGGAAGAUACCUGGGGUAGACAAGCCAGGUGUACCGGCGAAUCCUGCUGGGGGUCUCACAUUGUCAUGUGCCGCGGUCGAACGAGCUUUGACCCUCUGGUCUACUCGUACACUCACCAUUAAAAUGGUUCAGGCCGCGAAGAACAAAACUAGCAUUCUGUUGCCGAAGACAAUGAAUCAGUCUACCGGCAAGGUGUCCUGUCGGCAAACAGGAUUCAACGACGUCUCCUGGGGUACAUCUACACGCGCCUAUGCGAAGGCUAUCAUGAAGAACCUGCGCGAGGACAAGUUCGAAGUCAUCAUUGCAUCUGCCAUGGAAUUCUCGAAGAAGAGUUGUCGUCCUGGCGAUGAUGUCGAUGAUGCUGCCGUGGAGGACGACCUUGACCUGGAUGAGCGUGCCCAGUUGGUGGAUAUAUCAGACACCGAGUCCGAGGGAGAUGACGGCCGCGGCUCUGAUGUGGAGUAG